UUCCGACUUGAAGAAACCAUUUACUACCUACAUCAUGCCGCGAUAACGUCCAACCACAUCUCAUCCGAUAAUUAGCCCAAACCCCGCCAACGUACAACAAUGUCACAGCAACUCAAAGCCGCAAUUCUCAUCAUCUCCGAGACGGCCGCCCAAGACCCGUCAACGGACAAAUGCGGGUCCGUGCUCCAAGAUGUGUUCCGCGAAGAUGGCGGCGAUCAAUGGGACGUUGAGAGGACCGAGAUCGUGCCUGACAGCGUGCUGGAAAUCCAGCAAUUUGUGCAGCGGUGGACGGAUCACGAUGAUGCAGUCAACUUAAUCGUCACGAGCGGUGGCACUGGGUUCGCUGUCAAGGACAACACGCCUGAGGCCGUUACGCCGUUGAUACACAGACAUGCGCCUGGCUUGGUGCACGGGAUGCUCGCUUCUUCGUUCACGGUCACGCCUUUUGCCAUGAUGGCACGCCCUGUCGCAGGAGUACGUCGGCAGACCCUCAUCAUUACGCUUCCGGGUUCCCCAAAGGGUGCCAAAGAGAAUCUCAAAGCUGUGCUAAAGUUACUUCCUCAUGCCUGCGUCCAAGCUGCUGGAGCUAACUCGCGGGAAAUCCACGCGGGUGGCAUCAAGAAGCUUGAAAAAGAAGCCGGUGUGGAAGGGGGAGCCACCCCGGAAGGAAACAAAAAUGGACACCAUCACCAUCACCACCACCACGGACAUGGGCACGGACAUGGCCAUGGCCACGGAGGCCAUGCUGGACCAAGGGCACACACAGAUUCUGAAUCGCACCCGCAGUCUAACGAUCCCAGCGCCGGGCCGACCCGGCGCUACAGAUCAUCACCAUAUCCAAUGCUCUCGGUCGACGAGGCUCUGAAGCUGAUAGCAGAGCACACUCCCGCCCCAACCGCCGUCGAAGUCCCCGUCAAUGAGGACAUCAUCGGAUGCGUCCUUGCGGAGGACGUCAAAGCGCCUGAAUCCGUGCCCGCGUUCCGCGCCAGCAUCGUCGACGGCUAUGCCGUGCGGAUCCCCGAGUCCGGCACUUUCGAGAAGGGCGUGUAUCCCGUGGCAUCGGUCUCGCACGCGCAAGCUGGCACCAUCGCCCCACUGGAAGAAGGGCAAAUCGCACGCAUCACCACCGGCGCGCCGCUGCCGCCUCGCGCCUCAGCCGUGAUCAUGGUGGAAGACACGGUCCUCAAGAGCAAGACAGACGACGGACAAGAAGAGAAAGACGUCGAGAUCCUGACAUCGGCGAUCCAGCCCGGCGAAAACGUCCGCGAAGUCGGCAGCGACGUGCAAGCCGGCGCCACAAUCAUGAAGGCGGGCGAGGGCAUCACGAGCGUGGGCGGGGAGCUCGGCCUGCUCGCCUCCGUGGGCGUGCGCGGUGCGCACGUCUACAGGAAACCCGUUGUCGGCGUGCUCAGCACCGGCGACGAACUUGUGCCCUCGCACGAGCGGCCCGGCGCACUGCGCUUGGGCGAAGUGCGCGAUACGAACCGACCAACCCUGCUGACCACGGCGCGAGGAGCGGGCUUCGAGGCCAUAGACUUGGGCAUUGCGCCCGACGGUCCGGGUGCGCUAGAAGAAGCGCUACGCGCGGCGCUGCGCCGGGUGGACGUGGUGAUCACGUCCGGGGGCGUGUCGAUGGGGGAGCUAGACCUGCUGAAGCCGACGGUGGAGCGCGCGCUGGGCGGGACGAUACGCUUCGGCCGCGUGGCGAUGAAGCCGGGGAAGCCGACGACGUUCGCGACGGUCCCGAUCAAGGACAGCGACAGCGGCGCGCGCGCGGACAAGCUCGUCUUCGCGCUGCCCGGCAACCCUGCCAGCGCCGUCGUUACAUUUCAGCUGUUUGUGCUGCCGAGCCUGCAUGCUGCCGCGGGGGUGAAGCCCGCGGGCUUGCCGCGCGUCCGCGUCGUCCUGGAUAAGGACGUCCCGUGCGACGAUAAGAGGGCCGAGUACCAUCGCGCGCUGGUCGUGGUGCGCCCGGAUGGCACGUUGGGCGCCAGUAGUACGGGCGGGCAGCGCAGCAGCCGGAUUGGCAGCUUCAAGGGCGCGAAUGCGUUGCUGUGCAUGCCGGCGAAGAAGGGCGUGGUUGGUAAGGGCGAGACGGUCGAGGCGCUGAUGAUGGGGCCGCUGGUCAGUGAGUUGGGGAGGGGAUUGUAGGGUUUUGCAACAACAGUGACUAUAAAUCGUUCUCAAGAUGCUUCUUCGCACGAUAUUUCUACCUGAGCCGGUGAAAGCGAUUACUAGUAACUAGGAAGAGAAAGACCAAGUGAUGCUAG